CUUUUUCUCAACACCAUCUGUUGAAGAGGGGAAUCCUGCUCUGUGUUGCUGUGUCUGUCAGUUUGAGGUUGAGCUCUCACCUCUUACUUCUUGUAAGUGGUGAGAGCGCUCACUUCUUGUAAAUGGUGGGGAUCAAACUGUUAUCAUGUGAACUUAACUCUCACUUUCAAUUUGACAUGGAGCAACCAUUGGUUACUGUGUUCGGGGGCAGGCCAGUUUAUAAGGAGCUGCAGCAGAUGGUCUGAGAACAGUUGCAUCACAUUAGCUGCUGCAUCACUCUGAAAUCUCAAGACGAAACAUGGCCAGUAAGUUUGGUAAGUCAUCAUACCUGUUUUUAUUGACUGAUUGAUUUCUUGUGCUUGAACACUUCUUCUCAGAGCUUCAGCUCAUCUUAUACAACUAUUAGAUACACUUUGCCGUAAAAGUCAGGGAUUUAAAUUCUCUGUUACAACAACAGCUUUCUGUUCAUGGCAGCAUUUUAAUGAUAAUGGUAAUAAUGCGUCUUAUUUAUCGGUGCCUUUAAAGCACUCAAGGUCACCUUACAAGAGGAGGUUAAAAAAAGACGAAUAAAUGAGUCCAUGAAGUAAGUUAAACAAUAAAUGAAAGAGUGUAGGUCGACUGAAAGAAAUCAGUCAGAAUGAAUAUGCCAGUUUGAAGAGAUGAGUUUUCAAAUGGGAUUUGAAAAAUAGAGAGUUAAUAUUUUGGGGUGCAACUAAAAGCUCUGGAGUCCAUGGUCGUCAAAUGGGAAAUAACUUUGUUUUACUCCUAGUGGAGUAGUGGACUUGUACAAAUAGGUUACCCUUUUAGAUACAUUACAUUUAAAGUAGUCUUUAAAUACUCCAGUGGCAUAUUUUAGACUUAGAAUAGAAUAGAAUAUUCCUUUAUUGAUUCCCCAUAGGGGAAAUUUUUCUCACAGCAGCAUCACAGACAAAGAGUGCAAAAAUGCAGUUAUAAAAAUAAAGAUUGUAAUGUCAAGAACUUAAAUAAAUGUAAUAAUUACGAAAAAAAAUUAGGAAAAAGGGAGAAGAAAAAUAAAACUAAAUGCAAUAUACACAAUCUAAAUGCCAGAAAAAAAGUGGUGGUGUGAGUCCAGUUUUAUUACAGUUCUUUGUAAAGUAUUAUCGCAGAAGGGAGGAAUGACCUGCGGAAGUGCUCCGUCUUGCAAGGCCGGAGUCUCAGUCUGCUGCUGAAGGAGCUGCUUCAGGCCCCCACAGUAUCCAUGAUGGAUACAAGCUUUGCUAACAUCCUCCUCUCACCCACCUCCUCCUGGGAGUCCAAAGAGCAGUCCAGGACAGAACUGGCCCUCCUGACCAGUCUGUUCAGUCUCUUCCUGUCCCUCUCGGUGCUCCCUGCCCCCCAGCAGACCACUGCAUAGAAAGGUGCAGAUGCUACCACAGAGUCAUAGAAAGUCCUGAGCAGAGUCCUGCACACUCCAAAGGACCUCAGUCUCCUCAGCAGGUGGAGACGACUUUGGCCCUUCUUGUACAGGACGUCUGUGUUGGUUGACCAGUCCAGUUUGUUGUUGAGGUGGACACCCAGGAAUCUAUAGGACUCCACCAUCUUGAUGUCCAGACCCUGGAUGUUCACUGGAACAGUCUGAGGUGUCCUCCUCCUGCAGAAAUCCACAGGAGGAGGACACCUCAGACUGUUCCAGUCUGACUUCCCCUCUGUUCAACUUCAUCUUAAAUGUUAAUAUUAUUGUAAAUACAGUUACAAAACACUUAUCACUAAUAACAGUAUAUACAGCUUCUAAAGUUUAAUUAAUGUUUAUUGAGUGAUUACAGCUAUGUGAACCUUGAUCAAAAUUAAUAUUUAUUACUUCUCAUAAGCCCCCUAUAUGCAUUCACUGGAGUCUUGUUAACAAUUGAAAGACCACAGAUGAACCUUAAAUAGAUGUUAUUAUUAUGACUGAGACAGUAAAAGAUCAAUGCCAUGUAAUGGUUAAUAAACCUUUAUUAAGCACUUAAAAACAAUUAACAAUGCACCUCUGCAGCUACUGCAUCUAAAGUGGGAACAGUGACUAUGAAGAUGAACAAUAUUAAGAAUAACAUUGGCAGCAGGUAGUUUCUCAUCAUCAGCUGGAGGAGAUUCAUAUUUCACAUGCUGCACACCAGUCAACAUUUUAUCAGGAGAAAGGAUCACUCUGUCCCUCUCUGACUACCUGUUGAAUUAACGUCACUACUGUGUAGUAACUUAUAAUGUUAUAACAGCUCAUAAUGUAAUAACUUCUAUUUAAUAAAAGGUCAUAAUGUAAUAAUCAGCUCAUAAUGUAAUAAAAUCAUCAGCUUAUAACGUAAUGAGGUCUUUAUGCAUAAUGUAAUAAUGUAAUAACUUUUUACGUUAUUAGCCUAACUUAUUCUGCUGAUAAUGUAAUAACAGCUCAUAGUGUAAUAAUGGCCUAAACUGUGAGAAAAGUGUUGCAUUAUCACUAUUUACCUGUCAAAUAAAGGUGUAAAUAAAGCAAAAGGCAUGGGUUUCAGCACAUUAAUAAACAAAUUUGGGAAACUUCAUAGCCUUUUAUUUAAUAGUAACUGUAUUCUUACAUUUUGUUGAUGUAUAAAGUUAAGCAAAUAGGUGGCAUCCAUGAGAGUUGUUUUGGGCCUUUGAGAACAUUGUACUCACUACAAUUGUCUGACUAAUGCAGGUCAGCAGCACUUUUUGUGACCUCUAAAGUUCUACUAGAAAAUUCCCUCUGGAAAAUGUAAACAGGGCCUAGCUGCUAUUUCUUAUGUUUAAGCAGGCCACUAUUCUGUGUUCUUUGUCGUCUGUGUCUCAGGAUUUUCUAUGAACUUUUCGGACAUGCUUUCUCAGUAAUCUUUCCCCUAAACUAAACCGGUAAGCCACUUUUAACAUGUUAAUCAGUGGUGCCAGUGCAUAGCUUAGCAGUUUUGAAGCCUACUUGCAGAUAUUUGUGCCUCUGGGACAGGAAAAAAAAAGUGAAUUUUAAUGUUCAAGUACACAAAUUAAAAGAUUAAAUCUUAAGAGUAUUUCACAAACUGCCAUGAGAUUUCGUUGUAUUGUUUGGUAAGUUAACUGAAUUCCAAUGUUAUUUUGUUUUAUGUGCAUGGCAAGAUGGAGCACUUCUGUCAUGCAGCGACAAAGUUUCACUAAUUUUGUUUCUUAAUGUGUUGAAACCCAUGCCUUUUGCUUUAUUUAAACCUUUAUUUGAGAGGUAAAUAGUGAUAAUGCAACACUUUUCUCACAAUUUAGGCCAUUAUUAAAUUAUCAACUGUUAUUACAUUGUGAGUUGCUACACUUUUUUGCCUGUUAUCAGACAUGAGGGGCAGAGAGAGAACAGGUAAAGAUCGUCUUGAUUAUUCAUGGCAAUGGCAUUACACACAGGUAGCCAAGAAAAAAGUCACUUAACCACACUGGGAAGCUUGAGUGUUGUAUUCACCUGACACUAAUUCCCUUAACUCUUGAUCUGACCCAAAUGUUAUUAACCAAAAUCUGUAGCAUUUAUUUAUACCUGAUGUGAUUCAUAUUUAUUGCAGACCAAAAGAAUGAGGCUGUGAGGAUGGUGAUGGUGGGGAAGACUGGAAUUGGGAAAAGUGCCACUGGAAACACCAUCCUGGGAACACACUGCUUUGAAUCACAGUUUGGUGCAGAGUCCAUGACUGUAAACUGUGCCAAGGGUGAAGGCACAGUGGACGGACAAAAGGUGGCUGUGAUUGACACCCCAGGCCUGUUUGAUACCAGGUUUGGGAUGGACAAGACAGCCAAAGACGUCAGCCAGUGCAUCACUUAUGCUUCUCCUGGUCCCCAUGUGUUCCUGGUGGUCAUCCGGCUGGGUAGAUUCACUGAAGAAGAAAAGCAGACGGUGCAAAAGAUUCAAGAGAUCUUUGGUCAGGCAGCAGACAGAUACAGCAUGGUUCUCUUUACUGGAGGAGACGAGUUAGAGGCGGAAGAAAAAACUAUUGAAGAUUUCUUGGCUAAAAGCGCAGACCUGCAGGAGCUUGUCUCCAGGUGUAAUGGUCAGUACCAUGUCUUCAAUAACAGAAAAAAAAAAGAUCGCUCUCAGGUCACUGAGCUGCUCCAGAAGAUCAGAAACAUAGUGCUGAAGAACGGAGGAAGCCACUACACCAAUGAGAUGUUCCAACAAGCUGAGAAGGCAAUCGAAGAGAAGAAACAACGCAUAUUGAAGGAGAAAGAGGAGCAAAUACGCAAAGAAAGAGAGAAACUUGAGAAGGACAUACAGCAAAAGUAUGAUAAAGAGAUGAAAAGAAUCAGUGAGCAACUGCAGGCUGAGAGAGAGAGGGAGAAGAAACAGAGAGAGGAGGAGACAAAGCAAAUGAAGGUGGCGAUGGAUGAAAACAUGAAGAGGAUGAGGGCAGAGACAGAAGCAGAGAGAAAGAAAGAGAGAGAGGAGAAAGAAAUGGAGCUGAAAAACAUGAUGGCAAAAGUAAAGGAAGAGCAUGACAGGGAGCUAAAAGAGGAGAAAGAAAAGCUGAUAAAUAGCCAUGAAAGAAGGGCCCGGCAGCUUGCUGAGGAUUCAAAUCCUUUUGCAAAUUUUCUUAAAUCAUGUGUGAUUUUAUAAUUGGGUCGUCCCAAAUUCAGGCAGUUCAACUACAGCCUGCAAAUCUCAAAUAGUGUGCAGGAGUUUGCUUUCAAUUUCUGAUGGAUUCAGUUAUUGCCUUAAAAGAGAUGUGCAAUGGUGUCCUCUCACUUUGGGAAAAUAACAUGAGUGAGAAUAUUCAGAUUUCAUUUGUUAAUGGAGCUUUUGUUUAAGUUGUGAAAAGGUUCAACUCAUACACAUCUCCUUCCUUUUUUUUCUUUUUAGUGUUUUUUCUGUGUGAUUUUUGUAAAAGGCCUGAAAGGAUAUUUUAAAAUGUCUGAGUAUGAUUGUCCUAGCUCAGGCCAAACUCAAUCAGUAACAUAAAGCGUUACAUUUUGUGAUCAUUAUUUCCAUUCAUGAAAAUAAUGUUUUUCAUGGAAAAACAUUAUUUUGUUUUUAUACAGACUCCCAGUCCUUCAGAGGAUUUGUGUCUUUGUGAACAGGUGGUGUCACCGGGAGAUUAGAUUUUCAUUAAACAUCUGUAACACCUGUUUCUAAUUUCUUUUUUUUUUCCCCAUCAGAUUUUCUCAUAACACCUGAACGUUUAUUUGUGCUUACAUUUGUUUUCCAUUUCUGUUGGCUUUAGUAUGUUUAUAUCAUUAAUGUCAGGGUCGAUUAUAAUGAAAACCAAGCAUGUUUUCACUGAACUAAAGCAGAAAUAAAGACAUGAUAUUACGUCCUCUGUAUGUUCCAAUCUGUUCAGUCAAAAGCUGAAAGGUCACUCAAAGGGUUCAUAAAGUGUUCACCAACCUUUUGUUACUAGGCUCCCAGCUAGAGAUUCAGACAUUUAGAGAGGAUUGGUUUAUGCAGGUUAUAAAUAAUCAAAUCAAUCAAUCAAAUUUUAUUUAUAUAGCACUUUACAAUAUCCCAAAUGGUACCCAAAGUGCUUUACAUAAAAGCAAUAAAAUAACACAAGAAAAAAAAAUACCAUUAUAAAAUAAUACAAUAGAAUAGAAUAAUACAAGAACGAUGAAAUAAUAAAAAUGAAUAUGAGAAACAAAUAAUACAAUAAAAUAGUAUGUAGAAGUGCUAAAAACCUAUAAGUACAGGACUACCUAGUCAGAGUUAAAAGCAAGUCUAAAAAGGUGCGUCUUUAACUUUGAUUUAAAUAAACUGAGGUCAGUGGUGGUGCGUACAUCUAGCGGCAGUCUGUUCCACAGCCUAGGAGCUGCAACAGCAAAAGAAAUAGUCAAUAGUAGAUUCAGCAGCUGGUUGUGCUUCCAAAUUCUUAGUGGCCAACUUGUGGGCCUGAUCAACAUUCAAACCAAUAAUUUUCAUUCAAUAUCAAUAUUCAUAUUCAAGUCUAGUAAUUGUCCUGCUGUACGGUUCAAAACCACAUUGAACUUAAUGUUUCCAUUCAUUGUAAGGUCAUGACAUUAGAGUUUUUCUGUUAGCAUUUUAAACAAGACCCAGUCCUAACACUGACCAAUCAGAACCAGCCUGGCCAUUACUGGGUAUUAUUUAUUAUUUAUACAUUUAUAAGGUUCCUGAAUAGAUUCCCUGUUUACAAUAAAAGAAAUGAAAAUGCAUUAACAGGAUAGAAGUGAGCAAUAAGUUGAUGUUUGAUUUGAUGUCAAUUUUUCCUUAUGUUAACAACAUUAAACAUGAAUCAUGAAAACCGUCUGUUAGUUUGUGUCAAAAAGCCCUUUUCACCUGUUUACUGUGUUUUGUCCAUGCUUUUACUUCACCUCACUGUGUCAUUGGCACACAUGACAAAUGUGCAACAAUGUUUUAUUAUAGUCGAAACUAGAUUGUGAUGUUUAAUAUUGUACAUUUUUGCCUGAUUAAUUAUUAACGCAGCUGAAAUGGUUUAAAAUGUCAAAGGCUGGGUUUCCUUACUUUCAAUAAAUAUUGACCAAUAAUCUACAGCAAA